AUGGCCGCCGUACAAGAACGAUCCCAACAGCGCCUGGCGCCUGGCCUUUCCCAGACGCAGACGGAGACGCAGAGCAGGACGGGCACGCAAGCGAUCCUCCGGCUGAGGGGCGCGCAUGCUCCGUCACGGCAAUCGGUGCGCUGGGCUGAGGACGUGGUGGACAACGAGGGCCUGGGCCGCAAGAGCUCAAAAGUCUGCUGCAUCUACCACCGCCCAAAGGCUGUCGACGAGUCCAGCGACGAGUCCUCGUCAGAUUCAUCCUCCGACUCGUCCGACUCGGAAGCAGACGACGGUGGCAGACGGAGGAUACCCUCGGGCGACCACAAGGGCAAGGGCAAAGGUACCAAGCGGGAUCAUGACCACGACUGCGGGGACCAUGGCCACGACGACCCCAGACACGGCAGGCAGGGUGGUCGAAGUAGUAAGGACAAGAAGACAAGGAGGCCUAGCCCGAAUGCAUAUGAGAGAGUGCCGAAGCAGCCCAAGCCCAAGGACGGGGCGGGCGAGGGGAGUAAAGGUUCUGGGGCUAAGGCUUGA